AAUCCUCGUUUGUGUCAUUGGAACGAGGAGAUCUCUGUUGCAUAGAUUUUCGACAGAAAACGAAACAAAUUCUCCACGUCAAAUCUCAACAAAAUUUUCCGAUUUUGCUCAGCAAUUUCAACUCUAUCCCUUUUAUUUAGUAUUUUUUAUUAUUUUUUGGUCAGUUAUAUUUGAGGUGAAAGAAAUAUAAAUAAUUUACCCAUUUUCUGAGUCACUUGUGUUGGUGCCGAAUUUCGAAUAAUGGUAGAGGCGUCGUCAACACAGAUAAAUUAGAGAGAGAAAAAACACUAAGAUAUUGCUUCUUCAUCUUGAAUCAGUAUCAUGUCUAGCUCAGGGCUUAUCGAAAAGCACCAAUUGGAGCUAGACAAUUUGACACUGACCACACAUCCCGUCAAAACACUAAAAUUCUUCACAUUAGCUAUUGUUCAAUACUUGAAGAAAACAGCAAGAUAUCUGUUGGCCAAAGGUGGAUGGCUUUUGCUUCUCAGUUUUGUGGUAGGGGCCUUUAGCAUAAUGCUGAUUUCCAUCGAUGGUCCUCAUGAAAAGCAUCUUGAGGAGCUACUUAAAUAUUUUCGCUUUGGAGUAUGGUGGAUAACCCUUGGGAUUGCAUCUUCAAUCGGUCUUGGGUCUGGUUUACAUACUUUUGUUCUAUACUUGGGUCCCCACAUAGCAUUCUUUACAAUCAAAGCCAUGCAAUGUGGCCGAGUUGAUUUGAAAAGUGCUCCAUAUGAUACGAUACAGUUAGAUAGAGGUCCUUCUUGGCUUGAUAAGGAUUGCUUGCAAUUUGGGCCGUCGUUGUUUCAGUCAGAACAUGGUUCACAGAUUCCACUCAGCCUCAUUUUGAUUCAAGUUCAGUUGGAGGCUGUUUUAUGGGGCAUGGGAACCGCUAUCGGGGAGCUUCCUCCUUACUUUAUCUCCAGGGCAGCACGUCUGUCUGGGAGCAAAAUGGAUGCAAUGGAAGAGUUGGGUACUGAAGAUGAAGGAAUCAUCACAACCUACUUAAAUCGCAUCAAGCGUUGGUUCUUAUCACAUUGUCAACAUUUAAAUUUUUUUACCAUUUUGGCACUUGCUUCGGUUCCAAAUCCUCUGUUUGACCUCGCUGGUAUCAUGUGUGGACAAUUUGGCAUUCCAUUUUGGAAAUUCUUUCUUGCAACUUUCAUCGGAAAGGCUCUAAUUAAAACUCACAUACAGACAAUAUUUAUCAUCUCAGUUUGCAAUAAUCAGCUUCUUAACUGGAUAGAAAAUGAAUUAAUUUGGGUUCUCGGUCAUAUACCUGGUUUUGCUUCUAUUUUGCCUAAAGUGAUUGCGAAUCUCCAUGCCGUUAAAGAUAAGUAUCUGAAAGCACCCCAUUCAGUUUCCCCAACCGUCAAGGGGACAAGAUGGGAUUUCUCAAUUACUUCAAUCUGGAACACAGUGGUGUGGCUUAUGCUUAUGAAUUUCUUUGUGAAGAUAGUGAAUUCAACAGCUCAGAGUUAUUUGAAGAAACAGCAGGAGAUAGAAUUAGCUGCAUCAAACGUUUCUACAUCAACAGAUUAGACAUAGCAAUAACAUCCUCGUCACCGAGUUCUGCUUGUUUUGCACUUUUUUUUAGCUGCUCUUGCAAGCAGAGAGACAUUUGAAUUAUCAUAGAUAUUCCUGAAGGUCUCAAUAAGAGCUUCUAUAGACAAACAAACACAAUAGAUAACAUAAGUUAUGACAUUCAUUUUAGGUAUAACCAUUGUUUGGGAUGGCUUUUGGAUUUUAUUUUAACCACUUAUUAUUCUCUA